UUUUAUAAAUUUGUUGAGGCAAGGCUUCAGAACACUUUCUGAUUUUGCAGAGUCCAGAGUGUUGAACAUGAAGUUAACUGUGAAAAAAACUUUAUUCAGUCUAGCGUCUGUAUUUUUCCUCUGUGUGGCUGCAGACGAACAUGCCCCUGAAGUGCACACUGACCUGGGGCGUCUGAGAGGUCAGUAUGUCAGUGUUAAGGGGAAGGAGACUGGGGUCCAUGCCUACCUGGGGGUCCCCUUUGCCAAGCCCCCUGUAGGUCCUGCUCUGAGACUGGCUGCACCUCAACCUGUAGAGGGAUGGGAAGGAGUGAAAGAUGCCACCCAGCAGCCGCUCAUGUGUGUUCAAAAUAGGCAGAUUAUGGUAGAUUUGUCUCAUAAACUUGGAGAUUUUUUGCAAGUCAUUCCAGACAUUUCCGAAGACUGUCUCUACCUCAACAUUUACACACCUGCAAACAGAGCUCAUGAUGCCAAACUCCCAGUCAUGGUUUGGAUCCAUGGUGGAGCAUUUACUAUGGGCUCAGCUUCUAUGUAUGAUGGAUCUGCACUGGCUUCUUACCAGGAUGUGGUUGUGGUUUUAAUCCAGUAUCGCUUAGGACUUCUGGGAUUUCUCAGCACUGGAGAUCAACACAUGCCUGGAAACGUUGGUUUGCUGGACCAGGUACAAGCUCUGAGGUGGAUCCAGCAGCACAUUCACAGCUUUGGUGGAGAUCCAGGUUUAGUCACUGUAUUUGGAGAGUCUGCAGGUGGGAUCAGUGUGUCCUUGCUGCUUCUCUCACCGUUGUCUCAUGGGUUGUUCCAUCGUGCCAUUGCUGAGAGUGGAAGUGCUGCCAUGCACACAGUUGUCUCAAAUAACCCUUUACCGAUGAUGCAGGUUGUGGCAAAUGCAUCUGGUUGUAGCCAUGAAAGCACAGAGAAGAUCGCUGAUUGUAUUAGAAACCUGGAUAAUGACACUAUUGUGACCAUUGGGAAGGAUAAAAAUUUGAUGCUUUCUAUAACCGUUGAUGGACAUUUCCUGUCAAAACCUGUGGAGGAGCUGUUCCGUGAACAUGAAUUUCUCAAUGUUCCAUUCAUGACCGGUGUGAAUGAUGAUGAAGGAGGAUGGUUGAUUUCAUGGGUUUUUGCUCCUCAAAACUGGACAGAGGGAAUGGAUCGAGAGCAGAUCACAAAAACACUAUCUGUUUUCUUUCCUGAUCCCAAACAUGCAGUUGUCAGAGAUUUCAUAAUAGAUGAAUAUAUUGGAACUGGUGAAGAUCGUGUGAAGAACAGAGACGGGUUCACUGAGAUGAUUGGAGACAUUUUGUUUACUGUUCCAGCCAUUAAGACGGCCAAUGCCCACAGAGAUGCAGGUGCUGCUGUUUACCUGUAUGAAUACCAGCAUCCUCCCACACUCCUGCAGAAGAAAAGGCCGAGCUUUGUUGGGGCUGAUCAUGCAGAUGAACUUUUUACAGUGUUUGGAUUCUGUUUCACAACUACUCAUGUCAAAUUAUCUGAGCCAUGUCCUAAAGAGGAGGAAGAGUUAAGCAAAACCAUGAUGAGCUACUGGGGGAACUUUGCCCGUACAGGGUCUCCUAAUGGUGACGGUCUUGCUCACUGGCCACAGUAUGGAGCAGGAGAAGACUACCUGGCCAUUGGUUUGAAGCAGCAGGUCACCCGUCAGCAUCUGAAGAAGAACCGCUUUGUCUUCAUGACUCAGACGCUUCCAAUGAAGAUCCAGCAACUUAAGGAGAAGAUGGAGCGCAGCGAGUCGUAGAACAGUCACCUCCCAGUUCUCUGGUCCAUCACUUUGGCAUUACAGUUCUUAUUGUUCGCUGUGAUGCAGCCAUCUAGUGAAACAACACAUUUGCACAUGCAGGUCUAAACAGUGGCUCCAAUGACUUGGUACCGUUUUUAAGGCCUACAAGCUAAUACAAAUUUGUUGUUUUUUGAGUGUCAAACAGGUGCCAUGAUGAGUUCAUACUGGUCUUUCUGGUUUCUAAUAGUUAGAAAUAGAUGGUGUCUCUUUGGUCACCAAAGCUAAAACUAUGGAGUUUAGACUGUUUGAGUAAUGUCAGUGUUUCCAAAAGGGAGGAGAAAGUGUGUCAAUCAAAUGAGAACGGGUUUAGAUUUUUGCUACAUGUGUCUGAUGCACUGCUGUAGUAGUGAUGAUUUUUUGAACAGUACUGUACGAGGCCCCACAGCACAUUCUCUGUUUUUAAAUAGAAAAACUGAUAGUUUUUGGAAAUUAACUUUUGUCUUUUAGCAACAGUAGAUGUUUAAAUGUUGGCGUUUCUGUAACUGAAUAACAGUGUUAAAACAAAAAGGUCUUUUAAUUUAAAAUAGAAAACGUUCUUAGUUAAAGGCAAAUCCAGCUACAAUGAUUAAAAGUUGUAAUUGGUAUGAAUUUAAACUAAUACUUGGAAAAUACUACUAUAACUUCUGUUCAGAGACUUGUGUCAUCUGGAAGCUACUGUACCACACUAGUAGUCAGUUAUUUAAAAUAUAGACCAAAUCUGCUUAUUGUCGUUUUCUGGGGUGCUUAAAAAUACAAUUAUUUUAUUAUAUUAAAAAACUAGAUUUUAAGAAGUUGUCCUCUGUAAUGCAGCUUUUUUGCUGCACUGCAUUCUGUAGAUUAUGAAAUAACAAAACUGUAAUAAAGAAAUGCGUGAUAUCCAAACCAUC